AGCCUAGUAAGCAUAUCUAACGCACCUGUAUUACCGUAGUUUGGCACGCGCAUUUACGCUCGGUGCUCGGACCAAAUCCGCGCUCGCGCACCAAAUCCAUUUACUCGUCAGUAGUAGAGAGGGCCCUGAUCGAGUCGCUCUGCUCCGUCAAUCAGACAAUCCGCUCGGUUAAAUCCUCGGGUAAACGUUACACGGUGCUGAGAGCGGCGGCGGUCCCUCGGUGAAACACACUGACAGAGCAGGAGCGGUUUGGAGAGGAAGAAUGGCGGAUUCGAGCAGCACCGCAGCGGUCGGGGCCGCAGGCACCGACGGCGCUGCUGCUGCCGGGGCGGCUGGCACGGUUGCGCAUGAUGGAGCGCCCGCAGCGGGACCCAAACCCGGGUGCGAGUCCGUGAAGGGCCAAAUGUUCGACGUGGGCCCCCGCUACACGAACCUGUCUUACAUCGGGGAGGGGGCUUACGGGAUGGUUUGCUCUGCUCUGGACAACGUGACAGCCCAGCGCGUAGCCAUCAAGAAAAUCAGCCCGUUUGAGCACCAGACGUACUGCCAGCGCACGCUGAGAGAAAUCAAGAUCCUGCUGCGUUUCCACCAUGAGAAUAUCAUCGGCAUCAACGACAUUCUCAGGGCACGGCACAUUGACAACAUGAGGGAUGUCUACAUCGUGCAGACUCUGAUGGAGACGGACCUGUACAAGCUGCUGAAGAGCCAGAAGCUGAGCAACGACCACGUCUGCUACUUCCUCUACCAGAUCCUGCGAGGCCUCAAGUACAUUCACUCAGCCAACGUGUUGCACCGUGACCUCAAGCCCUCCAACCUGCUCAUUAAUACCACCUGCGACCUCAAGAUCUGUGACUUUGGCCUGGCGCGGAUAGCUGACCCCGAGCACGACCACACAGGUUUCUUGACCGAGUACGUGGCCACGCGUUGGUACAGGGCUCCAGAAAUCAUGCUCAACUCAAAGGGCUACUCCAAGUCCAUUGACAUCUGGUCAGUGGGCUGCAUCUUGGCUGAGAUGGUGUCCAACAGGCCCAUCUUUCCAGGGAAACACUACUUGGACCAACUCAACCAUAUACUGGGCGUCCUUGGCUCUCCAUCUCAAGAAGAUCUGAACUGCAUCAUCAACCUGAAGGCCAGGAACUACCUGCAGGCCCUGCCUGACAAACCCAGGGUGCCCUGGGAGAAGCUCUAUGGCAAGGCCGACUCAAAAGCUCUGGACCUGCUGGGCCGCAUGCUGACCUUUAAUCCCAUCAAGCGCAUCAGCGUGGAGGAGGCCCUGGCUCAUCCUUACCUGGAGCAGUACUACGACCCCACAGAUGAGCCAGUAGCAGAGGAGCCCUUCACUUUCUCCAUGGAGCUGGAUGACCUUCCUAAGGAGAAGCUGAAGGAACUGAUCUAUGAGGAAACGGCUCGUUUCCAGGCAACCUACCAGGGCUCCUGAGACACACAGCCCUAAAGAGUGAUGAAGCCACGUCGAGGCUUGGAACAAGAAGACCCCAAACGACAUGCUAAAACAAAAAGAAAAAUGCAUCUUCAAGCAACCAACAAAAAGAGAAAAACAAGAAAUAUGAACAUUUAACUGCUUAUCUUUCCAUUUCUACUGCAAGAGAGCUAAGUUUUACUUUGAUUUCUGUGGUUGGGUGGUAGGGUCUGGCGUACUCAUACUGUUUCAGUUUUGUCCAUGUUGGACUCUUCCCCCCUCUCCACCUCACGUUCGUUUACCCUGUUUGAACAUCAUGCCUCAUCCUGUCCCAUCUCCAGUGACUCUCUUCUCCUCCCCUGUCCCGUCCUCAUCCAACCAUUUCUUCUUCCUUCUCCUCUCCUGCACCUGUUGCCAAUCUGUCUGUCAGAGCUCUCCUGUCUCUCUCUCUCUCUCUGUCGCUCCCUCUCAUGUAAACACAUACUACUGUAUUAACCAACACCAUAACUUCUCUCGUCUUGCUCCAUGUUAAUGACAUUACUGGGAAAAAUUGAGGGCUAAAAGAUAGGGGGAUGCUAAUCGGCUGUGUGUAUGUAUAUAGAUAAAGAUAAAAAGCUUUGUUUUUUUCUUUUUAAGUGUGCUUGUCGCAGUUUUUGUUUGUACACUGUCGUUCAAGUGUUUUUUCGGAUCAGUUCAGAGUCGUAUUUGUAUGUUUUGGGGUUUAUAUCUGCUAGUCUUCUUUUUUUUUUUUUUUUCUUGAAAACUUGAUUUUGAGACAAACAUUCAGUGUUUUUACCGGCAUGUUAGCAGGUUUAUAGAUUUCUUUGUCGUCGCUCUUUUUUCUUUUUUCUUUCCAAAACAAAAAAAAACUGUGUAUGAUGUUCAUAUGAAUGCAUGCAUUCCUGAAAUUAACCAAAGUGGCAGAGAGAUGUGAGAAACUUGGCUGGGGAGCGACUUUGGAAUAUCUGUCUUGGGUUUUUGAUUUCUACCUUAAACGCAUUUCUCGACCUAUAUCUCGCACCAAGGGCAGAUGAAACAUAACUCUCCCGUCAUUUGUGGAAAGUUUGUUGUAUUUAGGAGGUUGAUUUCGACCAAGCUGAUAGAAUCAAACGUCAUAAAAUAUAUUUUUCCUCACAUUUGGAUUUUACAGUGCUAACUAAGCCCCAUUUUCCAGAACAUACACGGUGCUCUGUAAAAACAUUUUUCUUUCGCCCAAAUAAGCCGCAUAUGUGACUUGAAACAUCUGAAAUUAAAUGAUCAGGUUUUAUGGUGUUCAGAGGCAAAGUACUGCCAGAAUGCUGAUGUGUGACGCUGGUAUAACACGACUGUAUCGUCCCUUAACAUCCCCUUUUUCUAUGAAAUACAACCAACAUCAAAUAGCUGAUCCAGUGUCAGUAUAACAUUCCUGUAUUAAAUUACAUCUCUGUUACAAACGGUUAGCAGCAGACUGUCUAAGGAUCUCUGUCGUUCGUCAGGGAACACAAACAGUAUUCUGGAAAAUUGGGCCUGGUUGACAUCGGCUUUUUCCACCUCACUGUGCUGUUUAUGUACCGUGUUCCUGUCUUCUACCGCUUGACCCUGUAUGGAGUCAAACGUGAACGCAGGCUGGGGCCUACCUGACAGCAAAGGCCCAAAUCAUAAAAUCAAAUGUGGCCGCACUUGAAUGAAAGUCUCCAGAAGAACAAAUGCUCUUUCCAACAAGGCAUUCUGUUAUUUGGCUCAUUGAUGCGAGUGCUGAAUGUAAAUGGACUAAAAAUGUGUCUGUCACGGCAGCUUUGAGAUCCUUGUACAAGAACAGCUCCUCUUUUACGACUACUGAGAAGACUGGACCGUGUUGCUGACAAAUGCUGCGUUUGAGUCAUACGAAGAUGGAUGGUAGGUCAUUUACGAAGAUCUGAUGAAAAUAUAAAGCCAUGUCCAUUAGAGUUUGGUCUUUGGCAGAUGUUAGGCAUCUGUAUUUGGUUUGUUUCCAGACCCCUUUGUGCUCAGUUAGAUGCAGCAAAGAUUUCCAACUUAUCAUGAUUCCUUCGAUACGACUUGAACGCGGCACAAUCACCAACAUAAUACUGUCGGACUAUGUACAGUUAUUCCUCCUCAUGCAUAGCCAAGUGACCAUCCUCCCUUUACGGUUGUACAGUACAUACAUUUUUUUGCGCUCUUGUCUGCUCUCCUCUUUGCCUGUGAGCUUUCCUCUUAACAUCCUGGGUGUUAAUUCUUCAGUGUGACUUUUUUUUUUUUGGAGUGUGUGCAUGUGUGUGUUAAUUAUCCAUGUUCCUGUCAGUCGUUCGGCGUCUGCUCCCCUCCUCUCUUUGCUCUGGAUGUGACUGUACUAAUCGCUGCUUGUUGGAGUCCAGCCCAGUCACCAGCUCAGCCUGCACUAACUUUUUGCCUGUUGCACUGGGACCAGUAGUGGAGCCCCCCUCACCCUCACCCUCACCCUCCCUCUCCCUCUGAACGGACUAACACAUGCACUGGAUCCUCUCUAUCUGUCUAUCAGGGCUGGACUGUGAUGCUAACAGACUCGCCGGUUAUCGAUGUUGUUUUUCUUGGGCUUGAGCCGCGUCAUAGGCUGUUUUUUUUGUUUUUUGUUGUUUUUUUUGUUGUUUUUUUUCUUCGAAGCCAUAGCCAGCAGCACUCUGGGGAUCGGUGUGAGGCUUUUUGGUGCAUGUGGUGAUUUUCAUCCUUUUUUCUUUUUUUUAAAAUUCAACCUCCCCUAACUCUCACCACGCUUUACUCAAAAGGGCUGCCUCUCCCCGCCUCCUCCUCUCCCCGCUCCCCUUUGUCUGCUUCUUCACAGUGGGACUGACUUUGCUGCCACUUCCCCCUCCUCAGAAAAUCAUUGCUUGGAUCAGUGAUCAUGGAUGGUCAUACGCGCAGGAAACCGACUCCAAUCAUAACUCAAUCAGCACGCCUGCACUUUGUCUUUCCAGCCACGCUCUCUCCCCUUUAAGGUUGAUGUUUUGGUUCCCUCCCUGUCUUGCAUCCUCCUUGUUCAGCUUUAAGUUUAAAUGUAUGUUAAGCGUCAUGAAUCUGCAGUAAUUUAUGUCUUUGUACAAGUGUUUAUGUGCUCCUCAGUAACAUAAAGCCAAGACUCUUUUUGUCCUGUAUGUGUGUGUGUGUGUGUGCGUGUGUGUGUGUUUUUGUAAGUGUGUAUCGUUUUCCUCACAGCUUGGGCCCUCUCCCUGCAGUAACCUGUGCUUUUUACAUCUGUGAGACCAACACAAAAACAGUCGAACAGACAUUUUGUAUGUAUUUCAUAUGUAUAUUCGGUCAGCAGUCAACCAGGCCCUGCUUGCUUUGUUUUUUUGUUUUUUUUUUUCUCUCCGACCUGCCACCAGGCCAAACAUCUUACUGGCUAACCAUGGGAACGAACCAAGAGGACAACAUUUUGCAAUCCUCCUGUCACACUCGCACACACACACACACACACACACACACACACACGUCCUCUUCUCUUUCGGAGGAGUGUAUCCGUGUGUUUGUGAAAAGUUGCACUUAAACACACCAUACACAUUCACACAGUAUCGACAAGUCUAAAGGCCUGUCCGUCACAAGGCCUGUUUCCAGAUAUUGUUGUUUUUAAAUGGCUGUUCUUAUUAUUGCUAUUGUUGUUAUAUUGGUGAGUUGUUGUAUUUUCUUUUCUUUUUUUUUUUUUUUUUUUUUACAUAAAAGGGAGUUAAAGUUGUAUCUUUUUUUUUAAUUAUUAGAUGUUUUUAUUUGUAUUUCUUUUCUUCCUUUUUCUCUUAUGAGCGUGAUCAUUAUUGGCAGUGUUUUCAAUCUUUCUGAAACUUUUCUCUUUUUUUUUUUUUUCUUUCUUUGAUUUUCCCCUCCAAGAUCUUAUAAGGAAUUAUUUUAAAAGAAGAUAUAAGUAGAUUGUCAAAGAGAUAUGAGUUAUUGAGGGUUAUAGUCUGUAUAUUCAUGGGUAUUAUGAAUUAAACGAUUAACAAAGAAACAGAAUUAUAUACAUAUAAUUAAAUAAAAUUUCCUGAUACUGUUGCAA